AUCACUUGUGCAAGUGCCCAGAGCACAGCGGCCAAUGCCAUCUUACGAAUUUCAGCACCAUGUGCUCAAGAACUUCAAUAUACUUCGCCUUGCGAUACAACAACAGGGGGAACUCUUGUCAAGCCUAAUGCCUCUUCAAAACUCCCUCACUGAGGCUCCCAAGCUGCUAGAGAACCCGCUCAGCUCUGUAGAAGAACUCGAAACGUUUGAAGGGCAGCUAACACCAGACCGUGAGAAGCAGUUAAUCCUGGAGCUUCCACUGCUCGGGGGAAACUCCACAAAAGUUGCAGUUCGCAGGAUAAUGUCGUAUGUUCUCAGCAAUGAACUGGGACGCCAGUACAGUUGGGAAGGAAGAAAGGGUAAAUUACCCUUGCGAGACCUAAACCUGCCAAAACUCAUCCUGCGUACCAUUCACUCUCACAAAAAAUUUGUCAAAACUACACGGUACGAAGUAGAGCACCAGAUAAAAGAGUGGCUACGCCAUGCGAGGGACAGGGCAGAAAGAGCAAGUGUUCCUAGAAGGGUCCAGGCACAAUCAACAGCAUGAAUGCAGAUCUCUCCCAAGUUGUAAGAGUGCUCGACGGCCCACUAUGUCUCACGCCACCAGAGUUUGUUUU